AUCACCCUCCGUAGCCAAUUUGGCACAAGUCAUUUUGAGUCAAGAGGUUGAGUGUCAAGUGUAUCUUCUAGCUCACCUUUUUGAUCCAGGCGACUGGACCGCAUCAUCUUCUACAGCUCGCGAUUUUUUUACAACGAUGGACUCGCCGACGAGUCGGGGAACAUCUCAGCGGGUUCAAAGUGGCAUCCCCAGCGCCAUGUGCAACGCUUGCGGCUUCUGCGUCCCGCCUGGAAAAUGCAGUUUCACCAGUGUCACCACGGCCACGCCAACAACGGAAACUUGCGGAUCUUCCGCGUCUUACCCCAACAUCGCCGCGUUCGCACCAUACUCAGGUUCAGACGGCACUUUUGUUUCGUUGCCCAGUAUGCAGUCACUGUCCACCAUGCAGGAGUCCACCGUGAACUCGCUCCCCACCAUGCAGCUCCUGCCGCCCUGCGAGCAGAGCGACAGCGAGCCAUUGGAGACCGACGACGAGUUCGACCACCCGCGCGGGCUCGGGCGGGCGGAAGCCAGAGGAGGCUGCGCACCCCAGAACCCGCCCGAGAACGCGCAGGAGCCUCCGGCGGCAAGCUCGCGGCCGCCAGCAGGGCGCUGGAGAUGCAGCGGGCCAGGCUCCUGGAGCUGGAGCAGCUGCAGGCACAGCUGCAGCAGGAGGUGCAGGAGGCCAGGCAGAGGAUCCUCCAGCAGGAGGCCGACCUGACGGAGCUAGAGCUCCAAGAGGAUGAGCCCGUGGCCAGGGCGCUGGUGCCGAUCGAGAAGGCAGCGCCCGUCGCCCCUGGCGCUCCAGCCAUUACCACGCUCGUGAUCCGCAACCUUCCAAUGGCUGUGACGCAGGGCCACCUUCUGGUCCUCAUGGACCGGUCUGGCUUCGCGAACCGCUAUGACUUCGCCUACGUGCCAACGGACUUUCAGGCUCGGACUACGAAGGGCCACGCGUUUGUAAACUUUGUCACCCCAGGUGACGCCCUCGAGUUCAUCGCCGAGUGGAACGGGUCGCGGCUGGCCAUGGCUGGACCCGCCGCGCCCGUCCUCGAGGUCAUGGCGGCACAGCUGCAGGGCUACGAGGAGAACGCCAGGAGGUGGAGUGCGAGGCGGCUGCGUCGCACGAAGAACCCUGAGCUCCACCCUUUCUUCGCCCAGAGGUGAACGGUCGGCUGCGCAAAUCGAGUGUGAAAAGGAGAUGAAGGCGGAGAGCAAUACACGUUGAUGAUGAGGAGCUCACAUGGACCUUAACUUCUCAUCCAUGGGUUGGGUGUCAAAAUAUCCCGAGGAGAUCGAUGGCAUAUUGGGGUCGAUGUCAAGCGGUGAUCCUCUCCUUUCCUCCUGUCUGUCGCUUCUCUGUACUUGAUAUUUUAUAUGACACGUGAACCUGGCAAAGUAUGUGCCAGACCUUUAAAUGCUAAGUUUCCUUGGCUGCCCGAGUUGUGGCUGACAGCGUCUGACACUAUUUGAGUUUUUUCACGACCCUGCAUUCCUUGUGUGCUGGCUCUGCUUUUUGAACACGGCUGUGUAGACUGGGAUCGUUCCAUUGGGUGGUGAAACAUCCGCUUAUCCCCAUACCGUUCGAUCCGCCGUUCUGUCUCUCAGCUUACCUCCAUGUAGUUCCAUAUCGUGUCCUCACCAAUUCCAUGUCUUUCGUUGGUCGUGCUCACGAGGGCCUCGGUCUGGGCGCUGUCCAGUCAGAUCGGCCGAGGCAUCCAAUCAGAGCAUGGUUCGAGCAUGUUGAGCCUAGGCCUUGUACAAGUUGUCAUUUAGACAGCAGCUCGACACCGCGUUGCUUCGCGUUGCUGCGAACGCAGGACAGCCCCCUCGCUCUUCCUCGUCGUCCUCCUCCUCCGUUUGCUCCCGCGUUGCCUUUUUGCCGGUCGGAUUGUGUUUCAUUUUGGGUUGAGCCGUGUGGGCUCCGAUUCCCGAAUGCGGCGUCGACUCUGGCGUGACGCGAGCAUCGCCAACAUCAUGCCCCACCAGAACGAAA